CCGUUGAAGUCACCAUUAUCGUUGCCAUUAUAGCUACCCAAAUUGAAGUUGCCAUUGCCAUUUCCAUCGGAGCUUCCUCAUUAUUUCCAUUAUUGUUACCAUUAAAAGCUACGUUGCCAUUGCCGUUUCCAUUGAAAUCACCUCAUUUUCAACAGGACUGGCAAUAG